UUUUUUUUUGGUAUCACAAGGAAUGUGAGGACUGAGGAGUAUAAGAUAAACUCUUCACGUACAUUGUAUAUACACGUGCAUGUGUGACACAUUAAUGGAUACAAACAAAAGGAGACUAGUAUAGAGAGAGAAACCAAACCAAAGAUGAUAAUCAUGGGAAAUGAUAAAUUCAUAUCUUAUAAAACAAUCAUCAAUACAAUAGUGAUUUAUAAUAUAAUAAUUAUAGCAACAUUUAUGCAAAAUUAUGUAAAUGCCAUAGAAGUUCCACAAAAAGGAAAAGUGCCAGCAUUUUUAGUGUUUGGAGAUUCAAUUGUUGAUCCAGGAAAUAAUAAUUACUUGGCUACUUCUGGAAGAGCAAAUUUCCCACCUUAUGGGAGAGACUUUCCUGGAGGUGUAGCUACUGGAAGAUUCAGUAAUGGCAAAGUUCCUUCUGAUUUCAUUGCUGAAGAGCUUGGAAUAAAAGAGUUUGUGCCUCCGUAUUUGGAUCCAAAGCUCAAUAUCAGUGACCUACUUACUGGUGUCAGCUUCGCCUUUGGUGCUGCUGGUUACGAUCCUACAUCUGCAAAAUUAGCGAACGUAUUGACAUUAGAAGAUCAGUUGAACUUGUUUAAAGGGUAUAUAAAGAAGCUCAAGGAUGCAGUUGGAGAAAACACAACAUCGACUAUCAUAUCCGAAAGUGUAUACCUAGUUUGUGCAGGAAGCAAUGACAUUACCAACACUUAUUUCUCUUUACCAUUUGAAAUACUUCAUUACGAUAUCUCAACAUAUACUAGUAUGAUGCUCAAAUGGGCAUCCUCUUUUUUACAGCAACUAUACGAUUUGGGGGCAAGGAGAAUAGGUGUGAUCAGUGCACCACCGUGUGGUUGUCUUCCAUCACAAAGAACCUUGCAUGGCGGCAUAUUAAGAUCUUGCUUUGAAGAUGAAAACGAAGCUUCAAUUCUAUUCAACAACAAGCUCAUUUCCGAGCUAAAUUAUCUCAAUCAAAAGCUAACGGGAUCCAGAUUUGUGUACCUCGACAUCUACAACCCAUUACUCAAUCUCAUAAACAACCCUUCUCAAUCAGGGUUUGAAGUUGCAAAUAGAGGAUGUUGUGGCACUGGAAACAUAGAGGUGACUUUACUAUGUACAAAGUUUGCUGUUGGUACUUGUAAAGAUGCCUCAAAAUAUAUAUUUUGGGAUAGUUUUCAUCCAAUGGAGACAGCUUACAAAAUCAUUGUCCAUGAUCUCCUCCAAAAAAGCAUAGGCGAUUUCUUCUAAAUGAUUAUUUCAUAUACUACCUCCGAAUCAUACUAUAUACAACUUUGGAAUUUUUUAUAUCUCAUAAAUAAUACCCCAAAGUUGCAUAUAAUAUGAUCUGGGGGUAGUAUGUACAUGUAUGCAAAAUUGGAAUUACUCGUAAAAUGGUGGGAAAAAAAAAUUGUUUUAUUCAUGUUACUAAAUUCAUAUUUUUUAUGAAGUAAAAUUCAAAUAAAAAAUUCAACAAAUAUUUGUAGUGUGCUUU